AAAGUUUUUGUUAUUUUUUAGAGCAUUUGAAUAUUUUGGUGUAUAUUUUGCAAUUAUUAUCAGUGUUGGAAAAAAGAUUUUUUCUUUUAUAAUAGUCAUAUUCAUUAUUAUAAUAAGUUUUGCACAUGCAUUUUAUAUUUUAUUAUCACCAAAAUCUGAAUUUUCACUUGAACAUACAAAUAAUGAUGAUCCGAAUAAUCCUUGGAAUUUAGCUCCUAGUUAUAGUCAAGUAAUUGAUAAUGAUGGAAAUAUAAACUCCAAUCCAUUUAUGAUUCAAACGCCUGAUAAAAAUACAAAUAUGUUUAUAGAUAUUAGAACUUCGCUUUUUGCUAUAUAUUUAUUUUUAGCAGGUGAUUCAAGUGCAUUAUCCAAUUGGUCAUAUGCAGAUAAUCCAUCAAUUGCAAUAUUGAUUGUUUUAUUUUCCCUCUUGGUUGUUGUAUAUCUUAUGAACUUGUUGAUUGGAUUACUCAAUAAUGCAAUUGAAGAAGAUAAUAAUAGAGUCUCAUAUUUGUUACAGAAGGCAGAAAUUUUGGCUGAGAUUGAGUUAUUUUACCUAUUACCACAUCAGAGACGUUGGGAAACAUGGUUUCCGGAAGUAAUGUAUUAUUAUGCUGAUGUUGAUAAGACUCAAGUAGAAAUUAAAAAAUUGAUUAAAAAUGGUGAAUGGGAUAAUAAGGAAUUCACAGAGAUGUGGCAAAUUUUAUUCAAAGUACUUCAAAUUGAAUAUAAUCCUGAUGACAAUAAGGUAAUAUUGGAGAAAGUAAAAUCUAAUGAUGAGAAAUUAGAUAAGUUAGAUAAGUUAGAGAAAUUAGAAGAGAAAUUAGAGAAAUUAGAUAAGUUGGAAGAAAAAUCAGAUAAGUUGGAAAUAUUAGAAAAAUCUCAGUGUGAGAUAUUAGAGAAAUUAGGUAAGUUGGAAACAUUAGAAAAAUCUCAUUGUGAAAUAUUAGAUAAGUUAGAAAAAUUAUUGGAAAGAAAUGCAUGUUAAUUAAUAUUAUAUUAGUUUAUAAUUUGAUCACUGAAAUU